GCAUGCAGCACUCUCACCCCUGCACUCCCGCUCUCCCCCGUCCCUCCCUGACCGUCUCUGCCUCCUUCGCUCAUUUGGAUCUCAGCGAGGAUGAGAAGACUCAACUGAGCGGCCGUUCAGCCAGGAGACUCUGGUGUCCUGUGGACAACAACGCUGCCUCUGACAUUUCUGCACAUUUCUACAAAAACAGCACCAUGACCAGGAAGGUGUUUACCAACACAAGGGAGCGCUGGCGCCAGCACAACGUCAACACUGCCUUCGCAGAACUCCGUAAGCUCAUCCCGACCCAUCCUCCGGAGAAGAAGCUGAGUAAGAACGAGAUCCUGCGCCUGGCCAUGCGCUACAUCAACUUCCUGGUGCAGCUGCUGGAGAACCAAGGUGGCCAGCCAGCCAGCCACUCCCCCACCGCACUGCUCACCUUCCUGAGAGGAAACAUGGAGCAGCUGCACUCUCCGCCUCCGCAUCCCUGGACCACGACGAGUGACACUGAUGCUCCAUCACCUGGAUCCAGCUGUGGCAGUUCUGAGGCCUGGUAGAUGCACAGGCCUGGUUUUAAAAACAAGAGACUCUUGAGACAUUUGGACCCUUUUAGCAGGAGAACUGGUUGUGUUGCAUUGUGACAUAUUCCAGUGCAGAUCGCUGUGUAACGUUGAAGGACCCCACCAAUGCACUGAAGGCUGAAAUAUGACUGGCAGGUGAAAAUUAUUUGUGUUCUGCAAGGAAGUGUAAGUCCUGGAUGUCCCUUCAUGUUAAUAUUCCUGGUUGUUGAUCCGCCUGGAGCUAAUUUAAUUUUACACGAGAGGGAGUUUUGCCAACGAGAAAAACAGAGGGGAUUAUGGACCUCCUCCUUUUAGGUAGAGAUUGAGGAAAGCAUUUAAAGAGAUUAAAGCUCAGCCAAUUCUCCAGACUGCAGUCAUGUCUAAAGAGCCACGGGCAGUUUUAUAAAGCCUUUUAGUGGACUUGAACUUUUCCUUCUAACAUUCUAAAUUUGACCUUUCUUGUCAAUUUUAAGGUUUUGUGACUCCAGAAGAAUCAUUUAGUCUUGUGCUUCCUAAUAUUCCACAUUCGGACUGAGCAAGGAAAAUUCUGGAAAAACUGACAAUCCUCUCUGACCAAAUUUUCCCAAACCUCUUGAUUUAAAUGUUUUUUCUCCCUUUUUAUUCGUGUACAUGUGCCAUACAGCCAAAGAUAAUGAACUGAUUGUCAACUAUGUUAAAUGUGCUCAUUCAUCAAUAUUACACCUCUUUUCUCAUUUAUUUUGGUUUGCCUGUAAAAGCAUAGCAUGUUAUUUAUUUCAACUAUUUAUUUAAUAAAUGAUUUAUUAUUUGA